CUGAAUUAAUUAAAGUAUAAAUGUAAUUACUUUGUAAAAAACGUCCAGUCGCUUGUUGAACACACUCACGAACAGAGCAACCGAAACUUUAAUCGAGGCAAGAUGGGAGAUGUUGACCUUAUAAACAGAGAUCCAAAUGCUAUCAAUCCGCAUUUAAAGUGUGCCUUCGAAGAUGUUUUGGCUGAACCAGAUGAUAUCCACAGCAUGGAUUUUUGCUGGAAUCUAUCCUAUUCCUGCUUCAACUUCUGGAAGAACUGCUGCUAUAAGCUCAGCACUUUCUUGUGUGGUUGCUGCAUAGCUAUCGAAUUAGGAUGUGAAUUUGCCGGCCUUGCCUUCACACACAUUUGGUGUAUCACACCUUGCCUUAGAAUUGUUGCUAUCAACUGCACCCCGUACCAGAAAUUGUGGGGAGUUUGCUGUAACUGCUGCGUAUCUCCAGUUUGUGAAGCUUGUGGAAUGUACUGGUCUCAAAUCAAAAUUAACAUGCAAAAGUCUUAACGAAUUAUCGGUAGUGUUUCAUAAAGAUAAUAUUCUGAAAGUUUUGAUAAUGUAAGAAUACUAGUUUGUAAUGAACGCUUUUUAAAUUUUGUUUAACAUCAGAAGUAUUCCAAUUCCAGUUACUAUUACCUCUGUAACUUGGCAAAACAUGUUGUUAUAAAGCAACAAAUCACAGCAAAACAGCAAACAUUUCUAGACUAAGACUAAUAUAUUUUAUGUAAUGUAAUGAUUAUAUUGGCGAAAGCUUGUGUUUUUUGGUUUUUUUUUUAUUAUUUAUUAAUAAAUAUAUAUGUGUAAAAUUGUUAACCUGGACAUGGAUUUAUAUGAGUUAAAACCUAUCUUUUUUAAUCUAGAUAGUGAAACAAGGUUUUACUUCUAAUUUUGAUCACAUUCUAGUCUAUUAACUUGGACUAAAAUUACUGGUGUAAUAUAAGAAAGAGUUGUCAUAUCUCGAGCAUAUCUUGAACCCUCGAUCUCUUGGUUUCGGCACCUUAACCACUAUGCAAUCGCUUCCCAUGGAUUAUUAUAAUUCUCUUAACAUCUUAUAAAAUGGACAGAU